AUGGCAUAUUUGUUGUUAUAUGUUGAUGAUAUCAUUUUGACAGCCUCGUCUGAUACGUUGCUUCAGUCUAUCAUCUCUAAGCUUAGCUCUGAAUUUGCCAUGAAAGAUCUGGGUGCUUUGAGUUAUUUUUUGGGUGUUGUUGUAACCCGACAUGCAGGUGGCCUUUUUGUGUCUCAGCGUAAGUACGCUGCAGAGAUCAUUGAUCGUGCUGGGAUGUCUUCUUGCAAGCCAUCCUCCACUCCAGUUGAUACCAAGCCUAAGCUGAGCUCUACAUCCAGUGCUCCAUAUGCGGACCCCUCCUAUAUCGCAGUUUGCUUAUACAUGCAUGAUCCUCGUGAAGCUCAUAUGCUGGCCCUCAAGCGCAUAGUGCGCUAUUUGCAGGGUAAUUUAGACCAUGGUCUCUAUCUUUAUCCAUCCUCAGUUUCUAAGCUCAUUGCUUACACCGAUGCUGAUUGGGGGGGCGGUGUCCUGAUACCCGCCGGUCUACUUCGGGCUAUUGUGUUUUCUUGGAAUCUUCUUCUAGAGCUUCAUUGUCCUAUUCCGACUGCUACCUUGAUUUAUUGUGAUAAUGUUAGUGCUAUUUAUCUAUCUGGGAAACCCGUUCAACAUCAACGCACUAAGCAUAUAGAAAUGGACAUUCACUUUGUUCGUGAAAAGGUAGCUCGUGGCCAAGUUUGA